CUAUUCAUGAAGCAACCGGGCUCGCAGAAACAGAACCGCUGCUUUGACUUGCCAAUCCCGUUGGGCACUUCGGCGAGUCUCAGGGAGUCAAGCUCGCAGUCAGCCAGUCGCAGCCCCGCACGCCGCUCACCCCUGCUGCGUGGUAGUCUGCCUUCCUUAGCUCCCCGUUAAUCACCCCAGACCCCGUCAGCAGUGACUGGCAACCCCAAGCGCCACCUUCCUCAGCCGCCAUCCCUGCUCUCAGACAAACUACUUAACACAGGUGCUUUUCUUCAGCCAGAAAUACGGAAACUUGAGAAUGGAAACCACUACCAAUGGCUCCGAGGAUUUGUCAUCACAGAUGGAGCUGGAUGCAUUUCGGCGUCUUUUCCCCUUGCGUUUUCAUGAGCGUUAUCUUGCUGAAUCUAUACGACCAGAUGGACGAGCACUUGGAGAAGCUAGACAUACAACAGUUGUGCUUGGCAGUGUGGCAUCUGCAAAUGGAUCUUCAUUGGUAAAGAUUGGUUCCACAACAAUGUUGGCUGCAAUCAAAAUGGAAAUCAUGACUCCAGCUGCAGAAUCUCCUGAUGAGGGAUCCAUAGCGGUUGAAUUCUACAUGCCUCCAAUUUGUUCUUCUCUUGUACGACCUGGUCGGCCCGCGGAGGCAGCUCCAGUUAUUUCAAAACAGUUAUCUGACGCCAUUACUAGUUCGGGCAUGAUUGACUUCAAAGAACUCUGUGUGGUUAGUGGAAAAGCUGCUUGGAUGGCAUACCUGGACAUAUACUGCUUGGACGCUGAUGGUGCUCUGUUUGAUGCUGCAUUACUUUCAGCAGUUGCUGCCUUUUCACAUUUGGAGAUUCCUCCAGCUUCUUUGAAUGAUGACGGGAGGGUAGUUCUUGGUUCUAAAAACAAAAAGAAAAAGGACGUCAUGGAUGAAAAUGAACCGGUCUCUAAAGAAGGGAAGAGAAAACUGAAUAUAAAUAGUGUUCCGUUCUCAUUGACAUGCCUACUCCACAAAAAAUAUAUCCUAGCAGACCCUACAUCAGAGGAAGAGUCUGUAAUGGAAACUGUUCUUACUGUGGUAUUGGAUUCAUCGUAUCAAAUUGUAUCCCUUAACAAGCCAGGAGGGGCUGUCCUUGCCCACACUUCGACUAUCAAGGAUUGCUUUGCAUUGGCAAAACAAAGAGUCAAACAACUAAAGAGUAUACUGAACGAGGCAAUAUCUGACAUGGAAGUGGACUAAAAAAUGAAAGCUUUAAUGCGCCUAUGUUCAUCUUCGUGACAUGUUCUGUCUACAAGUGUUGUUUAGAGUAAUUUACUUGAUGUUGACGCUUCAGCCUGUGGACUGGCCUAGAUUUGAUGUCUAGAUAGAUUAUUACUUCAUGUUCUUUUUUGCCUGAAGGCUGAAGCCUCUCAUUGUCUUUUCCAAGAUACAAGUAGUACUACCUCCGUCUCAUUUUAUGUGUCUUAGUUUGACUUGACACGGUUAUUAAUGAAAUGGUUGAAAAAGUAAAAGUUG